UUUGAAUUGUUUGUCGUGUAUACCAUAAAAGACAAACUUGGCAACAGUAAGUAUAUGAAGCAGACGAACAGUUUUCGAAUUUUCAUGGUUUUUCUUGCUCGAAAGAGACUUAGAAUUGUUUUGUGAUCUCAAACUAAAGUGAAUCGAUUAGAAUUGCAUUAGGACUUUAAAGUCUUUUUAAAAUUAAAAAUGGAAACGGCACCGUCAAAAAUACAACCUUCGGUGGCAACACCUUUAAUUGAACCAGAAGAAUCAUUUGACCCCGAGAUUCAGGCUUUUUUUAGUGAUUGCUCAAAAAAAUUGGAUACGCACCACGAUCGUUAUGAACGUGUCGUUAAACUAAGCAGAGAUAUUACCAUUGAAAGCAAAAGAGUAAUUUUUUUGCUUCACCGAGUUCAAGAUGAGACAUCCAAAAUGAAGAUAUGUAAUGAAGCUGAAGUAAAGUUACAGGUUGUUAUCAACUCUUCAUGGAAUCGUUUGGCAAAAGAAUUGGUGGGACAGGAUCAUCAUCAUUAUGUUCGAGCUUACUCACCAGGUCUCCAAGAAUUCAUUGAGGCUAUAAGCUUCCUUCAGUUCCUCAGAGAUGGAAAUUUAAUUAAUCUUGAAGAAGUACAGAGUAGGCUAACCUACCCAGAAGAAUUGAAAGUUCCAGUACCAGUUUAUGAGUACUUACUUGGUAUUGCUGAUUUGACCGGCGAGCUCAUGCGUUUGUGCAUUAACGCUGUGGGUCGAGGAGAAACUCAACUUGUUUUCAACACUUGUAUGUCUUUACGAAAAAUCCACGAGGCAUUAUCAAGUCUAAACCUUGGAUUUCAGCGUGAGCUGAAACGCAAGUUGCAAGUUUCAAGACAAAGUUUGCAAAAAGUAGAAACUGCUUGUUACACUGUCCAAGUUAGAGGAAGUGAGAUUCCCAAAGAACUUUUGGCGGCCAAAGCGGUUUUAAGCGAUGACAAUCCAACAUGGAACGAAGAGUACGACUGAUACCAUAGGCGACAGCACGGUGGAACGUGGAAAAUCCGUGAUAUAUUUUUUUCUUGUUUGUCUCACAACAAAAUGUACGUUUUGAGCGUAUGGCUUCGUGUAUGAUUCGACUCAGAUCACUCAUCAAAUAUACUUGGUUUUCGUAAGA